AGAAGUGACAAUCUCUUAUUUUGAAGCUAUAUAUUGUAUUUAAUAGCUUUUCUCGAGCUAGACCAAACCCAUCUCUUCCUUUUCUCGUUGAGGCUCUCUCGUCUCAAGCUGACACUCUCAAGUUCAAGAUGACAAAAGAUAACUGGCCUCCUGAGGAGACUAGAUACUUUUUCCAACUUUAUGCCGAAGAGAGAAGAAAGGGAAAUAGGACCAGUACGUCUAUGAAUAAAGUAGGGAAGGAGAACAUCAUGGUGGCGUUUGAAGACAGGUUUAAGAAAGGAUAUGAUUCUUGGCAGACUUUCAAGAACAAAUACGACACAAGUAGGAAGAAAUACACCAAGUUUAGGAAGUUAACUAAGAAUAGGACAGGGCUUGGGUUUGAUAACUUGGGAAGGAUCGAUAUGUCAGAUGAUUGGUGGAGUGAACGAGAAAAGGAGUGUCCUGGGAUUAGAAGAUCCAUGUGGAAAGAGGAAUUUAAUAUGGAUCUGUUUGAAGAAGAGUUCCGUGCUGUAGUAGUAACUGGAGCAGAAGGAUGGAGUGCUCAACAUGGAGAAGGAAGCUUAAAUUCUAGAGUGGGUGGAGAUGAAGGUGAUGAAGCCGAUUCUCAGCCAGCAGCAGAAACAGAAACUCAAGCAGCAGCAGAGACAGAAACUCAGCCACAAGCUCAGACACAAACCCAACAGAAGACUCAUUCCGGAAGUUCAAGAGGAAAAAGAAAGCGUAAAGAGAAGGAUAUGGUUGUAGAAGCUUGUGACAAACGUACUGAAGCUCUUAUGGUGAAGAAUAGGAUAGCGGAACGGAUGUUGGAGCGUCAAGAAGCUGCUAGUGUUGAAAAUGUGUUACAGAUACUGUACACAUUGCCUGGAGUGAGAGAGUGGUCUCCACUAUAUGAAGCAGCAAUGGAACAUCUUAUAGACAAUGAAGGGAGCAGAAGGGCUUUUAUAACAAUGAAGACAGAUGAAGCUAAGACUAAGUUUCUAGAGCUUAGGACCAAGAUAAAACGUGACUAUGAAGCUUAGGACUAGUAUGGAACUUAGAACUAGUAUGGAACUUUUGCUUUUGGUUUGAUCUUUGUAUGAAACUGCUAGUAUAAAUCCUUUUGGUCUGAUCUUUGUUGGAACUUGAUGGUAUUGUUUUGUUUAUAUAAAUAUGUCUGUUCUACUUGCA